AUGAGUGGCUUGCGGUGCGCGCUGUGCCGCAGCUGGCUCCCGGCGCUGCUGCUCUCGGCGCUGCUGCUGCUGCCGACGCUGCGGGGCGCCCGCCUCGCCCGCGGCGCGCAGCCCGUGUUCUGCGCCCCCUGCACCCAGGAGAGGCUCGUUCUGUGCCCGACUGUCCCGCCCGACUGCCCGGAGGCUGCCCGGCAGCCCGGCUGCAGCUGCUGUCAGGUCUGCGCCCUCGAGCCGGGGGAGCCCUGUGGGGUCUACACCGCCCGCUGCCGCCUGGGGCUCCAAUGCCACGUCCCGGCCGGGGAGCCCCGGCCCCUCUCCGCCCUCAUCCAGGGGCGCGGGACGUGCUUGCCCACCAGCGAGGUCGGAGGGAUGGGUACGGAAGAGCCGGCAGAUUCUAUAGAACCUGAUGAUAUGCCUUUGGAAAGUACUGAAAUAACACAGGAUCAGCUGCUGAACUAUCAGUUAAUGUUUCCCAUAGGCCAGGAUAAAUCCAUUCCCUUGAAUUCCAUCACUGCAUAUGAAAACAUGAAAGCAAAGAGAAUAUCUGAACUCAAGAAAUGGAAAGAGCAGGGUCCUUGUCAGAAGGAGCUCUACAGAGCCCUGUAUAAAUUGCUGAAGGCUCAGCAGGGAAGCAGAGGGGGGAUUUACAAAUUUUAUUUGCCCAACUGCAACAAGAAUGGAUUUUACCACAGCAAACAGUGUGAAACUUUACUGGAUGGAGAAUCUGCUGAAUGCUGGUGUGUCUAUCCAAAAAAUGGGAGAAGAAUUCCUGGAUCUCCAGAAAUUAAAGGAGACCCAGAAUGCCAACAGUAUCUCAGAUCACAAGAAUGAAACUAAACCCUAAGGUUUUUCACACUAAAUUUUCUGUGGGGCCUGUUAUAGUCAGGAACCAUUCCAGUCAGAAGCCAUUUCACUAAGGUAGUCUAGUGCACCUGAUUUUGAGGGUAUGAGUAACCCCAUAAAGUAACAUUUUACUGCACUGAGAUUGCCCACAUGUUGAAGUGACAAAUGUGAGUAACUGCAAGAUCAAAUCCUAUAAUCGUGUAUAUUUUUUUUGUAUAAUAUUAUAUAUACCCUCAUAUGUAAAGCUGAUGAAUUAUAUAUUUCACACUGCAUGUAUUUUUAGCUCUAUGUGUUGUUACUAAUUUAUAUUCACAAACACUUCAGAACUUUAUAUUUAAAUACUUAAUAUUACUGCACUUAAAUAUAUGCAUCAUGUUGGAGGAAUGUUGCAACCUAAGACAACAAAUGGCACAGCCAUUGGGAAAAAUGGCUUGUAAACUUGCAUUUUUGUACUACAUAUUUAUAGAUGUAAAACUGAACUUUAAAAAAUAGAUUUCAGUAGAAAGCAUGCUUAGAAACUCAUUUAAAACCUGUUUUUGUGAAUAAAUGUCACUUUUGCAACUCUAUUUCAAUGCCAAGCUGUUUCUUAAAAUAGAAAUACUAUAUACUGAAACUCCUGAAGGGAUAGUAUUUCUAUCUGUAUUUUAAACAUGUACACUGGAUAAAUGGCUAAACACAAUAUGAUAUUUUGC